GGCUGGGUUUGGAGCUCCUUUCCGGGGAACAUGCUAGACGGUAGUGCGAUAUUAAUACACAGCAGCCUCUCCAGACUCUGCAUCGGCGAUUGCCAAACGUUACGUGGAUUUUCUGGUGUAGUCUGUUUUGUCAUAUGCUUUUGUGAUAUCAUUCUGGGGGAACGUUGUCUCAUUUUUUAACUGCAUUGCAUUUGUGGAUUCUAAAUGACAAUAAACUGAAUCUGAAUCUGCAGCAGCCAUUGCACAUUUCCAGCGUUUUCUGUUUUCAACCCUGUGUUUAGCUUGGAGGGUUAAAAAGGUCUGAUUUGAAAUAUGGAGUUCAGUAUCAUAAAAUAAUGCCACGUUUCACUGGAAAAGUACUGGAAGUGGAAAUCAAAGUGGGACAGUGUGGAAAAUCACAUUGACAGACAUGGAAGCAAUUAUAUUCUUCCUAAUGUAACUGACAAAAUUGGAUAUUGGUCAAGGAGUUGGAGAUUAGUGGAACAGCCUGAUAGGGUGGUGGAUUCACUUGAGCCUCUUAAUACUUGAUUGAAAUAAAGAAAAAUUUUGUUGAGGAUUUCAUUCAAAUUAUUUUAGCAAUUCCGAGAUCACUGCUGCCUUAAACCUUCCACUAAAAUGGCUCGAAGGCAUUGCUAUCUUUACUUAGUUUUGUUGUGUACUGGUCAGUUAAGUGUCCUUGAUGGUGUAAAGGUACCCCACGAUGCAAAUCAGCCACACUUGGCCAACAUCCUGCAGCCGGGAAAACCUUCUCUAAUAUACUUCAAAAAAAUAAUAAACCCAGAAAUCAACCUUUUCCUUCAACAGCUAGAAAAGUCAUCAGACUCACUUAAGGAGUAUGGAGUUAUAGUGGUUCAGGUUGAUUGCAACAUAGAAAACGUUCCAAAAUAUUGUGAAAAUGACCAUUAUCUGAAGAAAGCCUACCUUUUCUGGGGUAACAUAAUGCUUCGGAGCUUUGCAGUUGAUGCAUUAUUUGAUGUUGAUGCAAUUGUAGCAAAUGUAUUAUUCGUUUUGUUAUUCAAUGAAAUAAAGUACGUGUCCUCACUGAUGGAUUUUCGUGACAUUGAAAAUGAAUUGAAAGGACGAGGUGAUGUCAUAGUUACAUUUGUACCAGCAAUAGGAAUUCCAGAGCACAGAGCCAUAAUGGAAACUGCGUUUGUUUACGGUGCCAAGUAUCAAUUUGUAUUAACUACAGAACAAAGUGUUUUAGAAGACCUAGAUUUGGAAGAUUCAGAUAAUUUGUCAGCAAGACUUUGGUUCUGUCAUUGCAAAGUGGUGAAAGAUAGAACUCAGCCAUGCAAGAAAUCUUUACUUGAACAGCCACUAACAACUGUGAAUAUACAUUCCUACCUCAAAGUACUGGAAGCACCACUUGUGAUGGAGUCUUCUGUUGGACCAGAGGAAGUUUCUACAGUACACACACAAUUAAAGAUGCCAGUUAUAUUUCUCUUCACACAAAGAGAGACGUAUGAACAUGACCGAAUAACUGCAGAAUCUCUAGCCUGGCGGCUACUUGGAAAAGCAGGAGUUAUUUUAGUGCCAAGGGCCCAGCUCCAGCCUAAUGUGCCAGAAGAUGUGACUGUAGGAUUCAGAUCUGCUGGAGGAGAUUCAUCUAUCAGCUAUUUAGUUGUGACAUCUGUUGAAGAAAUUGUUGACCUAGUUAAAAGCGAAAGGAAACCGAUACCAACUUCUGAAACAGAUGAUGAAGAGGAAAGUGAAGAUGUCGAUUUCAGAGUUAUUCAAGAUGACGAAGUAGCAGAAGCUAUAUACAGAAAUGGAUGGAGAGAGCUUGAUGUGGACUUAAUUCCAGCACUAACAGACAGAAGUUUUCCUCAAAGUUUGUCAGCAACUCCCCAUGUCGUGGUUCUCUUCUAUACUGCUUGGGAUGCUGUAUCAGUCGUAUUUUUUCAGUCUUAUGUGGAAGUUUCUACCAGACUUGCAGACCUAAAGGAUGUUUUACUGGCCCGGGUUAACUGUGGAGAUUGGCCACAUAUCUGUUCAACUGAGAAUGCCACGCAGUUGCCUGCUGUGAAAAUUUAUAGUCAUGGAGAGGACCCUUUAUUCUACACUGGAAUGUUGGGAACACAAAAUUUGUUGAAGUUCAUUAUGCUGAGCAGGCUAGCUAAUCCUGUCAAAUUAACAACAACAGAAGAUAUUGAAGCCUAUCUAAGUGGGGAUCUCAAACUGUAUCAGAACGUUUCUGUUGUAGGAUUAUUCAGUCCAGACCUGGACAAAGAGCACGUUGAUUUUAUUACAGCAGCUAAUUCCCUGCGGGGCAUUGUGGCCACUGGAUAUUAUAUAGGGAAUGACUAUCCAUAUCUCUCCCAGAGAUUUGGUGUGGUCCCACCAGCUCUUGUGUUUGCGAAGCACGAGAAGUCUCACAUAGAAGGAGUUCAGCUUGAGAAAUUUCACGCUAAAGAGAUUGUAUCUGCAAUCAAAAGUUCAAUGUUGGAAAAAUUUCCUGAACUCAGAGUGGAAAAUCUCCCUUCUUUCUAUCAACCACUGCAACCACUACUCAUUCUGUUUACUGACAAUGAUGACCCCAUAACUGCGAAAGCCAAAGAAGAACUCGCAGAAUUUACCAAAUUAAGAAGUAUGAAGAAUUAUACCACAUGCUGGAUUGAUCUGCGAAACACACAAGUUGGUGAAGAGAUUCUUCAAAUAUAUUUGAACUACCUUCCACAGCUACCAGCUCUCAUCUUAGUGAAGAUUGGCUCUGGAAGCCAUGUAUUUGCAUUUCCUGAAGGGCAGAUUAUUUCAAGGAUGAAUGUGCUUCACUGGCUAAAGAAGGUGCAGGAGGGACGGGAGGAACCUAACAACCUCAGUCAGUUUGGAUUGGCAAUAGCAUCUCUUCCACAGUCUCCGUCAGCGUAGGUGCACCCCAUAGACUGUGUGCUCAGUCUCCUGCUUGAUUCGCUUUACACUUACGACUGUGUGGCUAAGCACAGCUCCAGUGCCAUAUGUAAACGUGCUGAAUGCACCACUGUCAUUGGCAGAAUCAGAGGUGGUGAGGAAUCUGCAUAUAGGAGGGAGAUUGAAAAUCUGACUGAGCAAUGCCACAACAACUUCUCUCUCAAUGUCAGCACGACCAAGGAACUGAUUAUUGACUUCAGGAGGAGAAGGGAUCUGGACAUCCAUGAGCCAGCCCCCAUUCGGGAAUCAAAAGUGCAGAGGGUCGCAAACUUUAAAUUCCUCGGUGUUAUCAUUUCAGAGGACCUGUCCUGGGUCCAGCUCUUAAGUGCAUUUAUGAAGAAAACAUGGCAGCGCCUCUACUUCCUUAGAAGUUUGUGAAGAUUUGGUAUGACAUCUCAUACUUUGACAAACUUAUAUAGAUAUAUAUGAUGGAGAGUAUAUUGAAUGGCUGCUUCACAGCCUGGUAUGGAAACACCAACGGCAUUGAUGAAAAAUCCUACAGAAAGUAGUGGAUACAGCCCAGUCCAUCACAGGUAAAGUCCUCCCCACCAGUGAGCUCAUCUACGCUGAACACUAUUGGAGCAUCCAUCAUCGAGGACCCCCACCACCCAGGUCAUGCUCUCUUCUCACUGCUGCCAUAAGGUACAGGAGUGUCAGGACUCGAACUACCUGGUUCAGGAACCGUUGUUACCCCUCAACCAUCCGGCACUUGAAUGGGGAGCAUUUCACUCAGCUUCCCUUUCUCCAUCACUGAACCGCUCCAACAACCAUUGAUUUCACCUUCAAGGACUUUUCAUCUCAUGUUCUCAAUAUUUAUUGUUUAUUUAUUAUUAUCUCUUUAGUAUUUCUUAUAUUUGCACAGUUUGUUGUCUUCUGCACACUGGUUGCUUGUCUGCACUGAUGGGUGCAGUCUUUCAUUGACUCUAUUAUGGUUCUUGGAUUUACUGAGUAUGCCUGCAAGAAAGUGAAUCUCAGGGUUGUACUGUACAUAGUGACAUAUAUGAUAAUAGAUUUACUUUGAACUUCUAACUACCAAUAAUUGAGAUACAAAAUAAAAAAAAUUGUUCUUAAAGGACUUGUGUGAGGAAAAAAUAACUAAGUUAACACAAUAUGUGAAGUAAACAAAUUUGUCAAUCUUUCAAGGGGUUGUUAUCAAAAAGUUAUGAUACGGAUGUAAUGCAGGGCUACACGGUAUUAGGUAAUACAUUUUGAAGUAGUUAACAGUUUACUUGAUUUUAUAUGUGGUAGAAUUUUAAUUCUUAAUCACUUAAUAGACCUAAUUUUUAAUAGAUUUUGAAUAUUUAUGACUAUUUCUGAAGUAACUAGGAAGGAUUCAGCAUUAUAAACAAUAUUAACAGCUGGCUUAGUCUUUACUCUCGUUACGAAAACCUGAUGAUAAUUUCAUAUAUAUAAUAUCCUAUUCAAUAGCACCUCACCAUCUGAUCAUGACUCCCCAACUGACUGUAUCAGCGGAUUACUUGUUUUGUUAUCCAUUAAUACAUGAGCAGAAACUUCUACCAGAAAAUAGUGGAAAAUCUGAAGCCAUUCUGUUCCAGUUCAUAUUCUUGACAUUUGUGUGAUACUGAGUUAGUCUGUUCAUAACUUCAGCACUACACUUAACUCAGAUGAAUUUCAGAGCACAUGUCUGUGUUGUUACUGAGAAGUUCUUUCUCCCCAAAAUCUACACCUAUCUCAAGUCCUCUGGUAUUUGAAAUCUCAGUCUGGCUUUUGUUACCUUUUACAUUUGUCUGUUCUCAAACACUGCUGGCUGAUUUCUCUCUUUUCCACCCCGCAGUCUUCUGAAAUAUCCAUCAAAGUUGUUUUGAUUAAACCUGAGGUUGGUCUCUUGAUCAACGUCAAUCAAAAUAUUGUUCACUGCUGCCUUAAGAUGCUGAUGCCUUAUGCUCUAUCUUUCAGAAGUUUAUUAAACCCACUCUCUUUACCCUUGCCUUUUGACUAUUCACCAUUGUGUAUCCCUAAGUAGCACAGUACCACUCCUGUGAAAUGCCAUUGCAAUGCUGAAGCUGUUGUGUUGUGGUAUCUGAAGGCACUUGCCAUCAAGUUUCUCUGUGUUGUGUUGCACUGCUGAUACUAAACUUAUUUCGAGAUUCUUGUAAUUUGGUAAUCCAGGAAAGUCCCAAAGGUUAAUUUUGAAAUAGUAUUGCAAGUUUUGCAAUUCUUAAACGUAUGCUGGCAGCUGAAGAAAAACGGAGCAAGAACAACUUGGGUUGCUUCACUUCUCAAAUUGCUUUAUAAACUGUAAAAUAUUUUUGCAAGAAAACAAGCAGUAGUUAUGUACUCCCUAAAGAAAGGAAAUGACUGUCCAGUUCAUCUGUUUUGUGACAUUGAUUGGGGGGUGAAAUUUAGCCCAGGGAGGUGAAAAAUCACUGCUUUCUUCUAAAUAAUGUUUGGAAUCUGUUUUAUUCACCAAAAUUUUAUUGAGAAAUGAUGUUUCCAAGGAUGAUAGAUUCCUUCAAAGCUGUACUGCAGUGCUAGCCUAGGUUAUAUUUAUUGGAACUUGCAACCAUAGCCACUGACUCAUGAAUGUCAACCGAGUCAGCUGCUGUUUGGAUUUGGCUGCUAGAUUAAUUAAAAAAAUAAACUCUAACUCAAGGAAAUAGAUUUUACAGACUAAGUAAAAAUUGGAAUAAAACUAUUGAUAGCAGGGUUGAAGUAGGGAAGUUCAUAUUGACAAAUGAGGCACAGGCAUUCUUCCUUACACUUCUUUGUGUGUCAAUUAAACCACUAGCUAGUUAUACCACAGAGUUUGUUACUGUUAUAUUUUGUGACUUUGCCUCAAUGCAACACUAAAUUAACCUCAUUAUUUUAUUGGAUCGUUCUUGUAUUCAAUUUCAUUUAUAAUUUGAACAGACUGAUUUAAUUAAAUCCAGCAAAUGAACCUUCUGACCUUAUUAAGAUUAGCAACUAAUUCAUCUGCACAAUUAGAUUUUAUUUUCAUUGUACUUUUAUGAUUGAUAUUUAUAAAGCAUGUCUUACAUAAGGAAAAUAACAUAUGUGAAAGAAAUUACUUAUUCCUUCAUGUCACAAUUGCUGAGGCAUGCUUUACAGAUUUUGUCUUAAUAUUGCUGUAGUAUCCCGAUGACUCUGCAGAACUGGCAACUCACCUCUUUUGCUUUGUGUUAGCAACUGAAUGAUAAGUUGUAGAGUUAUAGAAUAAUAACAGCACAGAAACUGGCUGUUUGGCCAGUGAGCCUAUUCUGACCAUCAAACCCACAUUUACACUGAUUAACUUGUUUUACUCACUCCACGUUCCCAUCCACUUCCUCAGACUGUCACUUGAAACAACUUAGCGGCAAAUUAACUUUGGGACUGGAGGAAAGCUACAGGGGAAAAUAUGCAUCUGGACAGCAUUGGAUGUCAAAAUCGCACUUAGCUUGCUGGACAUGUGAGGCAGAAGCUCUACUCAAUGCACCAUUAUGUAACUUUUUAGUAUAAGUAAUACAAUUGUGCAUUAUUACAGUUUAAAAAAAAAUCUGGUCUGUAAAAAAAUAAGUUUUUUGUUUAAAAAAAUCGAAUUUCCCUACAAGUUUUGCCAAGAUGAGCCAAUCAAGUUUUGUCUGAAAAAUGCAGGAUCCAGAAGGAAAAUCCCAGCUUUCAUGCUGUGUGUCAUGAAGUAAUAGAUUACACUUUGGAAAGUAUCUUCCAAUGAAUCCUUUGAUGAAUCAUAACAACGUGCCAUACAUUUUUUAAGACUUUUACUUUUUCAUUUAUAAAAAGGUACAACAUCUUCAGGUUUGAAAAUAACGAUGAGAGUAACUAAUAUUACAAAUGACUGAUCUUAUGGAAACCAAUUUUAUAAAUGAGUUUGAAGAUAAAACUAAACCAGAAGAUAAAUCAUCUUCUUCACUUAUGUUAAUGGUGCUUAAUGUGCCUGACUGCAGGUGAUUGAACAAUAACCUGAAAAGGGACUAUUUUCUAAUGCUCGCUGCAGCAUUUUGUCAAAGUUGAUUGUAUUUGGCAGGCAUCAAAACAUUUACUUGCAAUAAACAACUGUUGUUAUCUAAUAGAUGUGCUUCUGGAGAAAUAUUCUGAAAUUAUGAGUUAAAUUGCUUAAUAGAUGACUUGUUAUUUCAAGAGUUAUAGUAUCUUUAAGCAUGCACAUACCCAGGAUUGUUGAGUUAUUAAAAAUUCAUGGUAGUGCUUGAUUUUAUUGUCAAAAUAAAGUCUUAGCAGCAUCCUCGUAAUUCUCUUCUGCACCCUCUUCUGCUUGACAAUUUCUUUCCUAUAAAACUGUACACUGUACUCCCAAGAACGGUCUCAACAACUUGCAUGUCUAAUGACAAUAUUAUGUCGCUACUCACAAACUCGCCUCACUUAAUAAGGCCAAAAUGUUCAACACAAGGUGGACAUCAUGUCAUGCUAAACAUCAGCAUGCAAAAUGCCGCCUUCAUUGUCCUACUUGUACGGCUCCUUUUAAUUGUACCUCCAGGUCUCUCGGUCGGUACCCUGCCAUUCACUGUAUAAGCCCUACCCUGAUUUGAAUGUCCAAAGUACAUCACCUCACACUUAUCUGUUUGCCAUUCCUCAGUCCAUUUCCCUAACUAGUCAAGAUCUCUUUGUAAUUCAUUGUAACCUGCUUCACUAUCAACAAGAUCUCUUAACUUAUUCUCAUCAGCAAAUGCUAAUUUUGCCACGUACAUUCACUCCAAAAUAGCUUGCAUAAAUAAUGAAUAACAGCAGUCCCAACAUUGACCUGUGGGCACCCCUCUAGUCAGAGAAUCUACCUUCAACCAUCACUUCCUGCUUCCUAUCAUUGAGAUAAUUCUGAAUCGAUGUCACAUACUCCACCUGAAUCCCACAUGGCCUAACCUUCCAGAUCAGACUACAUGACGGACUUGUCAAAGGCCUUACUAAAGUCAUUGUAGAAAACAUCCAUUGCCUUAUCUUCAUCCAUCUUCUUAGUAAUCUCUUCAAAAAACUCCUAAAGAUUUGUUAGAUGUGACCUCCAUGCACAACACCAUGCUAUUUCUAACCAGGCUUUGACUAUCUAAGAGAUGGUAGAUCUUGAUUUUCAGAAUUUCCUACAACUGCCGUCAGGCUCUCUGGCCUGUCCUUGCUAACUUUCUUGAACAAGGGAACAAAAUUAGCCACUAACAGUCUUCUGGACCUUACCAGUGUCUAACAAUGAAGCAAAUAUCUCUAUAAGGGCCUCCACAAUCUCUCCCCGGCCCCUGUGGAAGGAUGCACUUGGUCAGGCCCUGUGAUUUGCCCACCACUUGGCUUCAGAUAUUUCCUCCCCUGUAAUACACGUAUGAUCCAUUAUCUCACUACUUAUUAUCUUCAUUUUUUGGCAUCCUUUAUAUUUUUCUUAGUAAACUCUGAAGAGAAAUGGACAUUAAAAAUCUCGACUAUCUCCUAUGGUUCCACACAUAGUCAGACCUGAUGGUCUUUAAGAGGAUCUCGUCUCUCCUUAGACACUGUUAAUAUAACAGAGGUACCUCUUGGGAUUAUCUUUAGCCCUGACUGCCAAAUCCAUCUCAUAUGCUCUUUUUGCCCUCCUCAUUUCACUUCUAAACCUUGGCUUAAACUUAUUAUAUUCAUAUUUACAGUGAAUGGGCAGAUAGUAUCACUGCCUUAAUUUGCAUUUAUUUCAAUGCACAUAGCUUAGUGCAUAAGGCGGAGAAUUGAGGAGUAGAAUAUCUCUGGGGACUAAAGUAUUGUAGCCAUAACAGCAGGAAGUGCAGCCCAUUGAUGCUUCAGGUGGGUGAUGGGAAAAAUAAGGGUGGAAGGAAUGUCACCCUUUUCAUAACGGAGGACAUUACAGUUGCCUAAACACAAUGUUUACUUUCUUCAUUUUCCUGACUGGACCCUCAAUAUCUUUCAUCAGCCAGGGUUCCUUGAAAUUGCUAUGACUACUGUUCACCCUAUCAGGAAAAUGCCGACCCUAAGCUCUCGAUGUUGUCCUUUUAAAAGCCUCCCACUUUCCAACUCUUCCUUUGCCUUUAAGUAGCAUCACUCAGUCGACACCAGCUAGGGAGUGCCUAAUUACCUCAAACUAUUUUAAAGCUAAUAGGAUUGUAGUCACUGCAUCCAAAAGACUUCCCACUACCACCACAGUUGCUUGGCCUGUUUCAUUCCCUAAGAGAUCUCUCCUACUAUUCUCACAUCUACCUGCAAUUUCUUGAUAUCUCUACUCCUCAAGUUCCCUGUAUUGGAGGAGGGGGUCUAUAAUAUAGCCUACCAGGUCUUCAACCCUAUUUAUUUUUAAUUCUAUCCAAAUGGUCUUAUCAGUUGAUCCCUCAAGAAUAUCUUCUCUAGGCACUCACUCUUAAGUCCACCUUUAUCAAAAAAAAGGCACAUUUCCUCUAGUUUUGCCUGUUCCUCUGUCACACCUAAAGCAUUAGUAUCCCAGAACAGUGAACUGCCAGUCCUGACCUUCUGUCAGCCACAUUUAUGUAAUGGUCACAACAUUCUUGUCCCUGGAGGCAAUGCAUGCCCCCAGUUCAUCCACCUUACCUGUCAAGCUAUGUACAUUGAAAUAGCUGCAAUUAGAAAUGGUGGUCCUAUCUGCUCUUUUACUGAAAAGAUGCCUAUCCUUAUUGCUAGGCUUACAUUCUUCAGCUGCUGCAUGUACCCUUCUCACCGACAUCCCUCAAGCCCCAACCCCCUGCCAAUCUAACUUAAACUGUCGCAGGCUGCAAAAGUGAAUCUCAACACGAGAAUUUUGGUCUACCUCAAGCCCAAAUGCAACCUGUCCCUGUUGUACAAGUCGUCGCUACUCCAGAAGAGAUCCCAAUGAGCCAAGAACCUGAAUCCCCGCUCCCUGCACCAGCUUCUCAGUCACACGUUCAUGUGGCCUAUCUUUCAAUUCCUGGACUCACUAACACAUGGCAGCAGGAACUCACUAUCCUUGAUGUUCUGCAUUUUCAUAGAAACAUAGAAAACCUACAGCACAAUCCAGGCCCUUCGGCCCACAAAGUUGUGCCAAACAUGUCCCUACCUUAGAAAUUACUAGGCUUACAUAUAGCCCUCUAUUUUACUAAGCUCCAUGUACCUAUCCAAAAGUCUCUUAAAAAGACCCUAUCGUAUCUGUCUCCACCACCAUUGCCGGCAGCCCAUUCCAUACAUCACCACUCUCUGAGUAAAAAACUUACCCCUGGCAUCUCCUCUGUACCUACUCCCCAGCACCUUAAACCUGUGUCCUCUUGUGGCAACCACUUCAGCCCCGGGAAAAAGCCUCUGACUAUCCACAUGAUCAAUGGCUCUCAUCAGCUUAUAUGCCUCUAUCAGGUCACCUCUCAUCCGCCUUCACUCCAAGGAGAAAAAGCUGAGUUCACUCAAAGUAUUCUCAUAAGGCAUGCUCCCCAAUCCAGGCAACGUCCUUGUAAAUCUCCUCUACACCCUUUCUAUGGCUUCCACACCCUCCUGUAGUGAGGCGAGCAGAACUGAGUACAGUACUCCAAGUGGGGUCUGACCAGGGUCCUAUAUAGCUGCAACAUUACCUCUUGGCUCCUAAAUUCAAUUCCACGAUUGAUGAAGGCCAAUACACUGUGUGCCUUCUUAACCACAGAGUCAACCUGCACAGCUGCUUUGAGCGUCCUGUGGACUCAGACCCCAAGAUCCCUCUGAUCCUCCACACUGCCAAGAGUCUUACCAUUGAUACUAUAUUCUACCAUCACAUUUGACCUACCACAAUGAACCACCUCACACUUAUCUGGGUUGAACUCCAUCUGCCACUUCUCAGUCCAAUUUUGCAUCCUAUCAAUGUCCCGCUGCAACCUCUGACAGCCCUCCACACCAUCCACAACACCCCCAACCUUUGUGUCAUCAGCAAACUUACUAACCCAUCCCUCCAUUUCCUCAUCCAGGUCAUUUUUUAAAAUCACGAAGUGUAAGGGUCCCAGAACAGAUCCCUGAGGCAUUCCACUGGUGACCGACCUCCAUGCAGAAUAUGACCCGUCUACAACCACUCUUCGCCUUCUGUGGGCAAGCCAGUUCUGGAUCCACAAAGCAAUGUCUCCUUGGAUCCUAUGCCUCCUUACUUUCUCAAUAAGCCUUGCAUGGGAUACCUUGUCAAAUGCCUUGCUGAAAUCCAUAUACACUACAUCUACUGCUCUUCCUUCAUCAAUGUGUUUAGUCACAUCUUCAAAAAAUUCAAUCAGGCUUGUAAGGCACGACCUGCCCUUUACAAAGCCAUGCUGACUACUCCUAAUCAUAUUACACCUCUCCAAAUGUUCAUAAAUCCGGCCUCUCAGAAUCUUCUCCAUUAGCUUACCAAUGGUCUACAAUUUCUUUGGCUAUCUCUACUCCCUUUCUUGAAUAAAGGAACAACAUCUGCAACCCUUCAAUCCUCUGGAACUUCUCCUGUCCCUAUUGAUGCAAAGAUCAUCGCCAAAGGUUCAGCAUUCUCCUCCCUCACCUCCCACAGUAGCCUGGGGUACACUUCAUUGGGUCCUGGUGACUAAUCCAACUUGAUGCUUUCCAAAAGCUCCAGCACAUCCUCUUGCUUAAUAUCUACAUGCUCAAGAUUUUCAGUCUGCUGCAAGUCAUCACUACAAUCACUAAGAUCCUUUUCCAUAGUGAAUACUGAAGUAAAGUAUUCAUUAAGUACCUCUGCUAUUUCCUCCAGUUCCAUACACACUUUCCCACUGUCUCACUUGAUAGGUCCUAUUCUGUCACAUCUUAUCCUCUUGCUGUUGACAUACUUGUAGAAUAACUUGGGGUUUUCCUUAAUUCUAUCCGCUAAGGCCUUCUCAUCGCCCUUUCUGGCUCAUCUAAUUUCCUUCUUAAGCUUCCUAGUAGCCUUAUUAAAAGAAAUUUCUCAUUCUGCACUAAUCAUUUUACUUCUAUUAAGUAUGAUUAACUCUAAACAAGUUCUAGUCUCUGUUGAUCCAUCUGAUGUGGUUUAAUAUACAGUACAGCAGGCUGUCACUUAACGUAUUGAUCAUUAUAUUUAUAACAGUUUUGGUGAGAUUCUAUUACCUGAUAUCCCCUGUGUACUUGCUUAUAAUGAGGCAUAUUUUUAUAUCUUAAGGCUCUGGACUGUGAAUUGCUUUCCAGCUAGAAUAACCCCAAUUUUGCAGUAUUGCUCUCGAUGAAAGUCCUGAACUAAACACCACAGACAUUUCCCUACUUCGUUAAAAAAUCAUAUUGCAGGGUGAGAAGAAAAUCCUGAAUUGAGAUUAAGAGAGUACAUCUGGAACCAGUUUGAUGUUUUUGUAAAUUUGC